AUGAACCCAUCCGAGCAUCUUGUGUGGAGCAACGAUUAUGAUCACCUUCUCUUCCCACCGACAAGUCUCAAUUUCAUACCUCCCCUCGAUGGAAGUCAUAUAUCCAAGAAGAUGGCUCCAGUAAGAGACUCAGAUAUCGAUCCGGACCGUGCUGGACCACUUCCAUCAUUCAUCCAAGUCGCCAAGCCAUAUAUUUUCGAGCAUACCAUCCAGGAAUGCAUCAGAUUGACCGGUGUCGCUCCAGCAAGAGAAGAUCAACUUCGACUUUCAGGAGUGCAGUGGAUUGAUAGCGUCAGGAAGUCACUUCGCCUGACUUUCGAUACUGCUGUUGUCUACUAUCACAAGUUUCGGCUCCUGCAUGCAGACACAGAAUACAGCUAUGUCGAUGCCGCUGCUGCUGCACUUUUCACGGCGUGCAAGAUCGAGGACACGUUGAAGAAGUCCCGGGACAUCAUCUGUGCUGCUCACAACCUCAGACUUCCGGUCAACGAGCAUCUAUCCCCAGAUGAUACGAUAUUCGAGAUUCAUUCCCGAGCCAUAAUUGGGCUGGAAAGGCUCAUGUUGGAGGCCUCGAGCUUUGACUUCCGGAACCGCCAUCCACAGCAACUCGUCAUCAAGCUUGCAAAACACUACGGGAUCGAAAGACAUUCCGAGCUGGCCAGGACUGCGUAUAAAGUCUCGCUAGAUGUUUAUCGGACAUUUGCUCCGCUUAAGCAGACCACCGCAGCACUUGCCUUUGCGUGCCUCGAGUUGGCGGGCCGUCUUCUGAAUGUCCACAAUGACGCCAUCGAGUCAGGCAAAGACUAUGAGAUCUGGCAGACAUCUCGAGCAAUGGUGAUGGAAACGCUGCUCGACCUUCUGGAGCUCUACACACAUUAUAGAAACAACACCACAAUCGGACCAGACUUCCCGGUCGACAUCUUUCUUGAGGUGCGCAUACCUCUAAACCAAGAAAUGGACGCUAAAAGCCUACCACGAUUCACCGAAUGGAAAGACCACCAGAGCAUGACCAACGGUGCCACCAAGGCAUCCAACGGUACCAAAAUCUCCCCCAAAGAGCCCUCUAACACUGCAUCUCCUUCCACACCCGGCGGCAUUGCCAACGGCAACAACACGCGAGGAAGAGUCGGCGAACGAGGCCGAGACGGAACAGUCCGCUUCAUGCUGAACCCCGAACGCGAACAAGCCGAGAAAGAGAUCGUCGCAGAAUACUUCAAGCCGAUCGAAGAGGAAGAGAUCGAGGUGGAGGAUGAGCGGAGGAGAUGA